GACGUCUGUCUCUCUGCAGCCUCGGGAUGGGUCUGGCCAUUUUCGUCCUCAAUCUGGAUGGACUAAGGAAUCCCUCAGACUGGUCGUUUAAACUCCAUGGAGUGGCUGUGGCGAUACAUUUGACUGGCUUGAACAAUUUGUUCUUCCUCUUUUUCUGCGACUUGUGAUUAAAAGGGCACUUCUGCAGUAUAUCUAUAUAUGGUAUAUACCCAUCUAUCUGUCUGUCUAUAACGGAAGGCUGUAUGCCCUGGGUAUUCCUCUUCCUGACGCUAUCGAUUCCGACAUCAAGAAUACCGUUGCUAUCCAGCCUCUCUUAAGUCUUACACUCAUUUAAACUUCUCCCACUUCUUGUCGUCCGCCCCCCUUCCGUCCGGCUCUACAUGGCAUGUCAUUUCCACCAUAAAUAACCCCUCUCCAAUGGAUGGGGGCCCCGAUCCAAGAGCUCCUCGUCGCAAGAGGGUCUCCAGAGCCUGUGACAGGUGUCGCAGCAAAAAGGACAAAUGCGACGGCCUUCGCCCCGCUUGUUCCGCUUGUCAGGCCUCAGGCCAGACAUGUUCGUAUGACCCCCAUGCAAAAAAGCGUGGACUACCUGAAGGCUAUGUCCGAGGCCUUGAAAAGCUCUGGGCUCUUUCGAUAUGCAAUAUUGAAGGCUUUGAAGAUACAAUGCUCGCCCUUCUGGGCACCACAACCGAAUCAACAAGCCGGAAGGAUAGACUUGCCCGUCUCUGGGCCGAUGAUGGCGCAUCUGAGACACUACAUGAAUCCUGGAAAACGAGUCGCCUCUAUGGUGCCCUUGAAAAGAUGUUGUCAAAUUCCGAUACACCUUCGCUGCAAGGUUCCGAGAAGCGCCACCAAGAUGAUCAAGACGCUCCUGGAAACGGAUGGGGAUUUCGCAUAGAUCGUGGCCCAACCCCUCUAUCGCAUGAUAUCCCUCGUGCUGUAGAGCCUUCCUCUCCCCCUCGCGCAAAGAAAGCUCGAUUGACUCUUCCGACGUAUAGUCAAUCCCCCUCACCUCUGGCCACUCACAGUUCCCCUCGUCUACAAUUACCGCCCCAGACCUCGCAGUUGUUGGACGUUUAUUUUGCUGUCACCCACUCCUGGUUUCCAAUCAUUGCCAAACACAACAUCCUCCGAGCAUCUUAUCUCUACGCAACAGCACCGGUAUCCGUUGUGCAGACGGAUCCAGGGUCUGCUGAUCAUGCUGUGUUGUGGGCCCUCAUCAGUUAUACAACUUCACAAUCUUGGACAAACUCGCAGACUGAAUCGUCCCAGUUAGUCGCUCGGACGAAGGAGUAUUAUACGAUUGCCCGGAACCUAAUUCCUUCAGAAACAGGGCAUUACGAGCUAGGUCAUGUGCAGGCACUCCUCCUGCUGGUGUUGGUGAACAUUGGUCUCGAGAAUUGGACUGCUGCGUGGCUGCUGACCGGUCAAGCAGUCCGCAUGGCUAUCUCCAUAGGCCUCGGUACAUCUGCGGACGUUCGACGAUCCGAUGAAUUGAAGCAAGGCAAAGCGGCUUUUCUUGGGUGUUUUGUCGUUGACUCAUUGAUAUCGUUCCGUAUGUCCCGAAGACCCUACAUGCAUCCUCGGGACCUCGCCGCAGUCGGCUUGCUAGAAGAAGACGGAUUAGAAGAAUGGAACUCAUGGGCCGAUGUUCUGCCACCCACUGGGGCGGGACAGGCGAAGAAUCCCCCUCGACGUGGUCCCCUCCUUACCCUAAGCUGCUUCAAUCGACUAGUGGAGCUGGCUAGUGUGGUGAACAAGAUUGCUCAAGAUCCUGGAGUCCGACCCAACGCCCACGUAUUUGCCCAACAGCUCGUGCUGGAGCUCAAACAAUGGGAGGAUCGCCUGCCGCUGGGAUGCCGUCUUAUCGGCCCUGAGAGUAUCUAUCCAGAGCGGCAUUCAGCUUUGCUCCCGCACCAGACAUACUUGGGCUUAACCUAUGUAUCUACAUUGUUAUGGCUCUACCUGCACAUCGCUCCCCAUGAACUUGGGUUGCACCGCUCCCAACGUCCUGCGACUGAGGGCGCUAAGAAGCUUCUAUAUAGGGCUCUUCCGAUGAUAUCAGAACAUCUCGAAAACUUCCGUAUUUGUGGCCUCCCGCCUAUAUUUGAAUUUUCCUUGCACACGAUUGCCAAACAAGCAUUUUUAUUCCGAAAUAAUCUUGAAUCUGGGGCAUUCCCUUUCGAACGAUGGGCAGAAGCUCUUCGUCAGCGGACGGUGGAGCUCUCCCCCUCUUGGCCCGUUUAUCCUUCGUUGGCCACUAGCAUUGAACAAUGGUGUGCUUCCAAGGAUCUUUCGGCGUACGCAUCAGCUUCCUUUCGAAGAUCAAGAGACAAUCUGCCUGCCCCCAGUAAACCUACUACUUCAUAUACCUCCGAUAUCACGACAGGGUACCGAAGUACAUCUGGUGAGACAGCAAUGCAACGCGUCAGUAUGAACAACUCUCAAAUACUGGAUCACGAGUAUACGUCUUCCACUAUUGGCAUUAGCAUCCCAGUGGAUGGGCAGUACAUGACGCCAAAAGACAUGACAAUGGACAAUGCGACGGAUGUGUCGUUUCAAUCACAGCACCAGCAGAUGGGUGAAAUGACAGCGCUUCCGGACAAGUCCGAUUCUUUGGGUAACCUCGAUGCGCUGCUCCAACCUGCACAUCCCCAUCCCCCAACUCCCGACUCAUCGAUCUCGAACAAUAUGAUGUCCGGGAUGAAUACAACCAAUGAUCAUUCUAUGCCGUACGCAGAAACAAUUAACCUCAACGCUGGGGACCCGAGUAUCCCAGAGCGCCAAAUCUCUAGUAGCGAUCUAGACUCUAUUUUUAAAGAUCUCGCCUAUCUCGAUACCACUGAGUGGGCCACUAGUCGCGAGGCGGGUUUAAAAGAUUUCGGCUUUAUCGAUGACUCUACCUUUCAGGCCUUUUGCCAUGAUCCGGAUCGUCUUGCAUACUCUCAACCUCUGGUUCACCCACCUUCAAUCGCGGAUAUUUGGCCUCCACCGGGUUUUUUCCCAGAAACCUUCCAGGAUUGCUCGGAAGACGCAAUGGAAAGUUGAGGCCUAGAGCGCUUUGUAUCUUGGUGGGUGGGUGGUUAAACCUACUCGAACUAUCAUAUCCUAUGAUCUACUAGAUCCGCCCUUCGAUGGCCAAGCCGUCCUUGGGGUUGCUCAUCAUCUUCCAUUGCGAUGAUCGCCAAUCGCAACAUCCGGUCUUACUAUAGUUUAAUGAUACCCAUUGAUGAGUAUCUCAUCUUUCCUUACUUACUUUUAUCGUAACUACGGCCACG